AUGUCCUCGGAAGUUACUAAUGCACCAGAAAAAAAAAAAUUGCGAGAAUUAUAUCCAGAGAUAGAGCCGUAUAAAACUGGUAUGUUAAAAGUGUCCGAAAUUCAUACUUUAUAUUACGAAGAAGUUGGAAAUCCAUCGGGUAAACCAAUUGUGUUUAUACAUGGAGGACCAGGAGGUGGUACAGAUGCACGAGAUAGACGAUUUUUUGAUCCACAAGCAUAUAGAAUUAUUAUAUAUGAUCAACGUGGUGCCGGUAAUUCAACGCCAAGUGCUUGUUUAGAAGAAAAUACAACAUGGGAUUUAGUUGAAGAUUUAGAAAAAUUACGUAAACAUUUUAAUAUUGACAAAUGGAUUUUAUUUGGUGGUAGUUGGGGUUCAACAUUAGCUUUAUCUUAUGCUGAAACACAUCCCGAAACUGUUAAAGCAUUAAUAUUACGUGGCAUAUUUAUUUGUCGUCGUAAGGAAUUAUUAUGGUUUUAUCAAGACGGUGCUUCGAUGAUAUUUCCUGACGCAUGGGAAAAAUUUUUAGAAGCAAUACCCAAAGUUGAACAUGGUGAUUUAAUAUCAGCUUAUCAUCGUCGUUUAACUGGUAACGAUGAACAGGAAAAGUUAAAAGUUGCUACUGCAUGGUCCGUAUGGGAAUUAUCAACAUCACGUUUAUACGUUGAUCCAUCGUAUAUAGCUCAUGCAACAGAUGAUGCAAAAUUUGCUGUUACAUUUGCACGAAUUGAAACGCAUUAUUUUGUACAUGGAGUAUUUAUGAACGAAGACGGUCAACUAUUAAAAAAUGCCGAUAAAAUAAAAGAUAUACCUGGUGUUAUUGUGCAAGGUCGGUAUGACGUAGUUUGUCCAGCCUAUUCCGCUUGGGAUUUGCAUAAAGUAUGGCCAAAAGGGGAAUUACAUUGGGUUGAUGAUGCUGGACAUUCGGCUAAAGAAGAUGGAAUUGUUCACCAACUAGUUACUGCAACAGAUAAAUUCAGAGACUUAUAA